GAAGCCGCUUUUUCCAGAAGUUUCUUCGCCCGGUUUCUGUACAGCGCGGCGCCGGCGCACUCUCGCGUCUGUUGGAACAAGUUGUCCCGUGUCGGUCGUGUGACGUUAAAUGCCAUUUUCUCGUUGUUUUGGGAUUUUUACCAUCACCUCGGGAGCCGUCGUUGCUAAAAGUGACAGCAGCUGCGGCGGCGGCGGAGGUACAACUUGACGAAAACACAUGACAGGCUGGAGGUGCUGUCGACACCGGCGAUGUUUUUCAUGACGUGUUAGCGGAGAAGACCGAGCAUUGUGAUGGGCAAAGAUUACUAUAAGGUGCUAGGAAUAGCCAAAGAUGUGUCCGAAGACGAGAUAAAGAAGGCGUACAGAAAGCAGGCGCUACGCUUCCAUCCGGACAAGAACAAAUCCCCGGGAGCUGAAGACAAAUUCAAAGAGAUUGCGGAAGCUUACGACGUCCUCAGUGAUGCGAAGAAAAGAGAGAUCUACGACCGCUAUGGAGAAGAAGGACUGAAAGGAUCAGACAACACUACAGGAAACAGCGGGCCGAGUUUCAGCUACACCUUCAAUGGAGACCCUCAUGCCAUUUUUGCAGAGUUCUUCGGAGGUCGGAGUCCGUUCGAGCACUUCUUCUCCCAGAAUGGAGAGGAGGACAUGGACAUCAACGACCCCUUUUCAGCCUUUGGCAUGGGGGGGAUAGGUGGCUUUCACAGACCCUAUAAAUUCCCCCAAGGGGGCCUUCGCCAGCAGGAGAAGAAGAAGGACCCUCCGGUGGUGCACGAGCUGAACCUGAGCCUCGAGGAGGUGUUCUCGGGCUGCACCAAAAAGAUGAAGAUUUCCCGGAAGAGACUGAGUUCUGACGGCUGCUCCCUGCGUACCGAAGACAAGAUUUUAACGGUGGAUAUAAAACGUGGCUGGAAGGAAGGCACGAAAAUUACAUUUCCCAGGGAAGGCGAUCAAACUCCCACCAACAUUCCUGCAGAUGUGGUGUUUGUGGUCAAAGACAAGCCCCAUCCGGUGUUCAGAAGAGAAGGCUCAGAUAUAGUUUAUCCUGCAAAAAUCACCCUCAGAGAGGCGUUAUGUGGCUGCACGAUCAAAGCUCCCACUCUGGACGGGAGGACCAUCACUGUAACCUCCAAAGAAGUCGUCAAACCUGGAAUGAAGAAGCGAAUCGUCGGAGAGGGGCUUCCGCUGUCCAAGUGUCCGACCAAGAGAGGGGACAUGAUCCUGGACUUCAGUGUUAGGUUUCCAGACAAACUAGGCCAGAGCACGCGUGACGCGCUCGAACAGAUUCUUCCCGUGUGACGGACGUCUGCCUCAACAGUGAAAUACGAUAACAUUUCCAGGGAUGCUGUGAGCAUCGUAACUCUGACCCGGAACACCAAGGCUCAGGGCGAAAUGUAUUCCACCCUCCAAACCGUAGACCUGCUUUGAGCGAGGGAUGAAUGUUUUUAAAAAGUGUUUUUAGAGGGGCUUCGACUUGCACUGUUGGGUCAUUUUUUUGUUUAGGAUUUGGUGCUACUGCAAACAUUUUUUGUGGGAGUGCUUUAAGGUAACAAGCUACUUCUCAAAAUGCCUCAGGUGCUCUGACGUAUGUUUGAGUGUAGCUGUAGAAGAACACAAAAAUGAGAGCAUCAGCCUUAGUUGGAUUGCUUUUUCAGUUCAGCCGUUCCCCUGUUGUUACCCCUCAAUGUCAGACAGCACCCAAACUCCUGCCCCGUUUCAGAGUAAUCAACACAUUCACUGCAAUAUUUAA